CUCUGAGGUGAAGUGAACAACAGGGGCCUGUGGGGACUCUGGGACCAGUCUGAGAGCACCCAGGGGAUGAAGCAGCAAAGAACAGCAACAGGAGUAGAAGAAUUUAAUGUUGUGGAGUCUUCAGAAGCUAACAGCAGAAACAAAGCAUAUUCACCAGAAAAGGGUAAAAAGGGUGGAUCAGAGGUAGCUCAGCCAACUCGCUGACUCUGUACCUUCACACUUCCUGUCUACAUCACUCAAAGGAUGAAUGAAACCCUAAUGCAGGUAGUCUCCAUGUUUGAGCUGAGGAUGUCUCUGAUGGUGGCUCUUGGCUUGGUCCUGGUCUUCCUGCGCCCCUACCCUGGCAUGGCUGCCCCUCCAGGUGUGCCAGAUGAUGAAGCUUUUGACCUUGAGAACUACGACCUGAACAGUGAGAUGGACUGGGAAAACCUGGACGUCAACAUUUAUGGAGACAGUUAUGAUUAUGAUGACUUGGAUCAAGAGGGAGGACAGAUUGAGGUGGGCACCGUAGCACCAGACACCCCCCCACCAGCCAACCAGCCCACAGCUGAAGGCUAUGAGGAGGAGGUGACCCUGUCCAAUCUGCCUCCAGCUCCUGUCACCCUGGACUUCAAGGGACCAGGUCUCUUUGGCCCUGAGACUGGCCUGGGUAUGCCUACCUGCCUACUGUGUGUGUGUAUUGGUGGGAGUGUGUACUGUGAUGACAUGGGCCUGGACCAGAUCCCACUCCUGCCCAAAGACACCACACAUUUUUAUGGCCGCUUCAACAAGAUCCGACAUGUCAAGAACACAGACUUUAUCAACCUCAAUAAGCUGCAGUCCGUUGAUCUAACAGGGAACCAGAUAUCAGGGAUGGAUGAGGAUGUGUUUCGCUCUCUGCCGCAGCUCCAGCAGUUACUGUUGGCUGAUAACAACCUGCAGGUCAUGCCUGAGAUGCCAAUCACCAUGAAACACAUUGAUCUACGUAACAACAGGCUGAUCAGUCGUGGGGUACAUUCUGAGGGAUUCAAGGAUAUGAGCCAGCUAGAAUUCCUCUAUCUGUCCAACAAUAAUCUGGAUUACAUUCCCACACCACUGCCACUGAGACUGAGAGUGUUACACCUGCAGAACAACAACAUCCAGUCUCUGCAUGACGACACCUUCUGUAACCGCCAUGAUCGUAACUUCAUCCGCCGUAACCUGGAGGAUAUCCGUCUGGAUGGCAACCCCCUGAACAUCAACCUGUUUGCUCAGGCCUACGUCUGCCUGCCGCGCCUGCCUGUAGGGAGUCACUGACGGCUGUUAUGACAGGCUUAUGACAUAGUCACUACAUGUCUUAGCUAUGUAUAACAUAUACUGUACUGCUUUCUUUGGACUGGAAUAUGUUGGGUUACUCAGAAAUAUCAUCAUUGGUAAAUACAUUUUCUAAGACACCGUUUGUGAAAAAUUUUAAUUAUUCUUUUUUCUGUAUGUCAAUUCACAAUAACAAACAUUAGUAUAUGAAUGAAUAGAUACAAGUGUUAGUGUUCCAGGAAUAUAAGACCUGUGUUAAUGGGACAAAAAAUUCUUUGAUAGUGUAAAAUGACAUAAAACACAUUUUCAUGGAA